AUGGUUUCAAACAGCCGCAGUCCACGUUAUGCUGCAUACUGCCGCAGCUCCUCAAAAUCUCAGCAGCAGUACCAAGUCUCGCAACAGACGAAUCAGAAGCAAGUUUGUCUUGGCAAGGAAACAUCAAGCAGCAUGCCAACACGAAACUGGAAGCUUUUAGUCACCAUGAGCUUCGCGCUCAUUGGCUUCGCGCUCAUCAGCCUUCAGCAAUGGGAGGAGAUGGAGACCUUGACGGACGAGUUGAUCGCUACAAACCCAGCGUCAGGUUUGCGACGACUUUACACAACGGUUGAGAUGCACACAUCGACGGACAAAAUGGCCUCGAAGGGCCAAUUACAGUCUCUAAAACUUCUUCCAUACCGAGCCGCUAGUCGUCUCUGGGGAAAGGUGCAUAACAAAAAGCUGCCACGUUGGAUGCGCAAACCUGUAUACAAGUCGUGGGCCACUAUCUUCAAAUGCAAUUUAACUGAAAUGAAAUAUCCGCUGCAGGACUAUGCAAAUCUAGGUGAAUUUUUCUCACGCCCGCUAAAGGAAGGGCUUCGUCCAUUUGUUACGGAUCCUCACCAUCUCGCCAGCCCGGUGGACGGUGCGGUAGCUUCUGUUGGGUUCGUAAACUCUUCUGCCGAUGUGCCGACGCUCGAACAAAUAAAGGGCUCGAGCUACCGACUUGAUGAGUUUCUCGGCGGCCUCCCGCCCUUCUUCACUGCUAAAACGCCCGGGUCGAAUGGUAAACAAGUGUAUUACUGUGUAUUGUAUCUAGCCCCGGGCGAUUACCAUCGCGUUCACGCCCCAGUCGACUGGAAAGUCGAGACGCGUCGCCAUUUUCCCGGUAACCUGUUUCCUGUCAAUCAUCUCGCAGCUAACCGAAUACCGAGCCUGUAUCUGGAGAAUGAGCGUGUUGCGCUUUUGGGUGAAUGGGAGCAUGGUUUUUUUUCCUUGACUGCUGUUGGUGCCUUGAACGUGGGUUCUAUUGUUUUAACAAUGGAGCCAGGAUUUCGGACCAAUACCCAUGAACAAGAUAAGCAGGUUGGUCAGUGUCUAGCAACUAAUUAUACCAGCAAGGUGGACACGUUGCGUGGCGAGGAAAUUGCGCUGUUUAAGUUUGGGUCUACAGUUGUGCUGAUCUUUGAAGCUCCUGCGUCGUUCCAAUUUACCAUUAAACCAGGUGACAAGGUAGCCCUGGGCAAAACUAUUGGUAAACUCAAGGGCGUGAAACCCAAUUAA